AUGUUUGGAUUUUGCGAUGCAUUCGAGCACGCAUACGGUACAUGCGUGUACAUACAAUCGGUGAGUCCGUCUGGCCAGGAAACGACAAUCAAAUUAUUAUGCGCAAAGGCUAGAGUAGCUCCUUUAAAGAAGCAAUCUAUACCUAGGUUGAAAUUAUGUAGCGCGCUAUUACUAGCUAAGUUAAUAGACAAUGUAAAACGCGCCAUCCACAUGGAGAUCAAUGAAAUACGAGCGUGGUCUGAUUCCAUGGUCGUGCUGUAUUGGCUUCGCGGAGAUAUAGCACGUUGGAAACCCUUUGUUUCUAAUCGUGUGGCGGAAAUCGUUGAAAUAUUACCGGCGGUUUACUGGAAUCAUGUAAGGGGUUCAAAGAAUCCGGCCGACUUGAUUUCAAGAGGAGCCACGCCAAUUCAGUUGAUGGAUAAUUCCUUAUGGUGGAAUAGCCCUAGCUGGUUAAGAAAUUAUCGCUCAUUUACAAGUUUGGAAGAUUCUAAUCUGGAAUUUGCCGAAGACGACGUUCGUAAUGCAGGACAUGUAGCUAAAAGGCUUAUAGCCACUUGUCAUCUCAUCGUUUCUCCAUCAUCACGGACUGAUGAAAUUAUUCAUAGUCUCAUUAGCAACUGCUCAACAUUGACAAAGAUAGAACAAACAUUUGCUUACUGUAUUAGAUUUAUCUCCAAUUGUCGCAAAAAACAGGAUGAAAGAGUUCUGUCUAAAUUAACCCUAGCGGAGCUAGAAUCUUCGAGGCGUGAGAUAAUCAAGUAUUCGCAACGCGUUCACUUCGCAGAAGAUCUAAAACGUCUGCAAAAUAAUCGAGAAUUGACACAAACGAGCCCAAUACUGCAGUUACGCCCUUUUCUGGACAAGGAUGGUAUGAUCAGGGUGGGCGGUCGGUUACAAGCCACCUCCUGGAAUUUUGAAAGGAAACAUCCUAUUUUACUACCUAGGCAGUCUAGAAUCACACGUCUGCUAAUCGAGAGGAAACAUCGCGCCUUAUUGUAUGCCAGUCAGCAAUUAUUAUUGGCCAUUGAAGGCAAAGAGUACGCCAAGUCUGCCGAUCCUGCGUCUGGUGUACUAGAAACAAUCCUAGGGGAUUGA